AUGGACAAUAUUUUCGCCUCGAAUGCAACGCCCGAAUGUGGGGUAGUUGCUGAGGAUCAUCCCCUCGACGCUCGAUUUACUAUUCUACUCAUCGCUGAAAGUUUAGUUUUUCUGCUGGGGGUGCCCGGUAACUGCUUGAUUCUCCGUGUCUACUGGACCAAGACUCGUAAGACCAGCACCGAUAUUCUGAUCAGAGCCCUGGCCUGGGCUGAUCUGGCCGUCUGCUUGCUGAGAAUCCCGGCGAAAGUAAUUUCUCUACUUUUGACCGGAAAGUAUUUGCCGUGUUCAUUAUUUCUAGGGCUCACAGAUGCCUUUAUCGCGGCAUUUAAUGACGUCACAGUAGUCUCGUCAUUUAGCAUUACUGCGGUGAUUGCGGUAGAACGCUAUGACUGCGUAUGCCGCCCGCAAAAACGGAUUUUCAACCCAAGACGGUCUAAGGUAGCUGUGUUGGUCGCAGUGUUGCUUGCAAUUGCUACGAGCGCAGGACAACUUGCCCUGGAUGUCUGUAAAGCAUCAGGCACCAUUCCUCCUUCUUUACAGGUAUACGGAGAGAUUGAAGAGAUUUUCAAGUCAGUUUCAGUUGUGAUUGUGUUAGUGACAAUGGGUGCAUGUUACGGGAAAGUUUACGCCACCAUCCGUAAACACGUCAAGGUAGGGCCCGCACAAGCGUCAACUUCACGAGAUGAAUGCAAACCGAGUGUCGAACGUCAGGUUGUCUGCUCGACACGACCGACACCACCUCCGCAGAAUAAUGAGCUGCCGACACGUGAAUCAUAUGUCAACGAGGCCGUGACAAAGAUCGUUAAUCGAAGAAGCACAUGUCCGACAACUGAAGUAGAUUCCUACAAACGGAAAUCCAGCGAUGCAUGCACGUCUGCUCACGUAGUAUCGUUGGCACAGCAAGACUCCUCUGGCCCUAGCCAACCCAAUGUGAUCGCCGAGCCCAAAGCUAAAACUGCGCCCCAAGACAAUUCUCCAUCGCUGAGGCAGAGCCGUCCAGAGCCAGGACACGCCCCUCGAAGGGUCGGUGCUGCCAAACUGCAGCGUAAGACAACCAGAAUGCUUUUCAUCACCAGUGUGGUGUUUCUCCUGACCUGGCUGCCCUACCUGAUUUACGCUGUCAGAUCGUACGCGUCUCCACAUGAUCAAUUAGCGGAAAUAAUUGAGGAUAUUUCGAUCACUCUUCUGAUUAACAGCGUAGUUAACCCGCUGAUUUACGGCAUCGCAAACAGACGAUUUAGGAAAGAUUGUAAGGAAGUCAUCCCCAAGAUCAAAUGCUGUAAAUGCUCAUAG